AAGAAGUCGGCGCGCGCGAGCUCGGCCCGGGAUGAUCACAGGCGCGACUCGGAGCAAAGUUUUCAUAUUUUAACUAAAACUGUUAUUGUUUAUUGUUGCAAUUACAGCUAACCCAAGUGGGUGAUCAACUGCACCUCCUCCUCCUAGACUAAAUUAUGAGCAAGAAAUGAAGUGGGAGAUGACUUGGCAUUGAAGAUGAUGAUUUGGAAUCUCGAGUUCUCGAUCUAGUGAGUACAGAGUAGUGUUCAACCUCGGUGUUAACGGAAUUCCGCAUCUCGAUCACCCCAGUGAGUUAGGCUGUAUAGUACCGGUCCGUCGAUUUAUACCUGACCACACUAUUCGCUAUUCGGAUUGCCAUGGCAACGGGUGAUUGACAGCAGUUUAUUGGCUGCCUGGGACAAAACCAGGAUGACAUCACGUUUCCUGUUUGGGGUUACUGGCUGAUUCCCUUUCUCUCUCUUGGCUAGGUAGCCGGACGGACGGCGAUCCCUCAGCUAGCGUUUGGCUCUGAAGUGCAGCAGUACCGGUAGUGUACCGAUAUGACUGUACAGAAUCAAUAGUCCGCCUUCGCUGCUGCUAGAUUUUAAGCUAAGUAGGACCUAGACACGUGUGUGAUUCCCUUUGUAAAUGGAGAGCCGGUCGUUUUGAUGAGGACACUGUCUUUGCUUUGAAAGGAUAUAUAAAAAUGGAUGUAAAUGUAGGAGACCAGUUUUCACAAACCGUCCGCCUCAUCAGUCAGUGAUGGUGAGCACAUCGUCUCCAAAGCAUGGCAUCGGAGUGGGGCCGGGUUACGUCCGCGACCCCGAGUACCGGCCCGACUUCAAGGGGAAGCUCCUCCACCAGGCCGCCAUCUAUUCCAACGCGAGUCUCCUGGCGGACCUGCUCCGCGGCUCUCAGAAGAAGUACAUCAACGAAGCGGACUCGUACGGCCGGACGGCGCUCCACGCGGUGUGCGCGGUCGAGGUGGUGGAGAAGGAGGAGAGCGUGGAGUGCGUGCGGAUCCUGCUGGAGUCGGCGGCAGAUCCCAACGUCCAGGCUAAGGAGAUCUACAGUAGAUAUACACCAUUGCACAUCGCAGCUAAAGAUGGCAAACUUCAGAUGGUGCGUCUCUUGGUAGAAUACGGUGCAGACCUCGAUGCCAGAGAUGUCAAGAGAUUGACAGCAGUAGAACUCGCUCGCAUCAACUUUCGUCAAGACGUUGUCAAAUACCUCAAGAACAAACAUGGUAGGAUUUUUGUGAGUUUGGCUUAAUUCUUAAUCGAAUAAUCCUUAACCCUAUCUAGGCCGGGGGGGGGCUCCAAGGCCCCCCCCCCCUCAAUGAGUCGCGCGAUAUUUUCGCCGCACAAAAUUUUUUGACCGCGCUGCUCGCUGACUUUUUACUUGCGCAACUUUUGAGACCAAUUUUGCGUCACUUGGGUACGCGGUUCCGAAAUUACGCAACGUUAUGUAAGUGCAUGUCAGACCAAAAAUUGCUCAAAAACGUGAUUUCGUGUACAAAGUCAAUGUAAAUUGUGUUUUCAACCAAAAAUCAUAAAUGUACUAGCAGAGCCCGUGGAAAUUCCACGGGUUUUGGGGUGUGAUUAAGUUAAAUAGAAUUUGUUGUAGAUUGACAGGUUUAUUCAAGAUAGGGAAAGAAAUAAACAUUUGAAUUUUUUAAGAGAACAUUUUAAAAGGUUGUGGUUGUGGUUUGAAAGGAAUGUGAAAGUUAGGUUUUUAUUUGAAGUCGUAAUUUGUUUUGAAAAAUAUAUGAUUGAUUAAAGGUAAUAGUGAGAAAGUAAAAAGUGAUAAAGAGUUAAGGAUUUUGGUUAAUAAAAGAAAUACAGAUAAGAGAAUUAAAAUGCUAUUGAAGUUGAACGAAUAUGAUAUUUAGUUAAAGUAGGGUUUAAAAAUAUUGCCCCUCAUUUCAACUAUAAAAAGGGAAGUUUAAAAAGUAUUUGGUUUUGGAGGAUUUACAUUUAACCCUUUUAUUUACUUUUUCAACGUAUUUCAUUGGAUUAGCUGAUAUUCAUUUUAUCGCCCCCGCCUUUUUUUUAAAUGUUUUUAUUUCUAUUGGUCCCAAAAAGUAAAGAAGGAAGAAAACAUUUAAAAAAGACGCAAGUUUAUUUUUUUAUUCAUUAUAUUUGUUGUUGUCCCCUUUAGCACUAAAAAAAGGAUUAAAGAAAGAAAAUAAUAAGGAAGUAAAAAGGAAAGGAAGGACAAAAGAAAAGAAAGAAGAAGAAGUGAAAGGU